AACGAUCCAUCGCUUACGACGACAGUUGCUGCUGUUGCUGUCAUUGUUACCGCUCCUGCGUCCACUUCUGAUACUACUGCUGCCAUUGCCGCUACCUGCUUCUGCUUCGCGCCGGCCCUUCGCUCCUUCACAAUCCUCAGCCUUAUCACGCUGCACACUGCUACUCCGGCCCAAAAAGUCACCUUGCCGACUUCUUUACGCACACGUCGCUGCGGAAUAUGCGACACUUUUGACCUUCACAGCUGUCAAAGAAAAUUUUACUGUCAGAGCUAGGACGGGGCUCUCAUUAUCUGUCUGCCAUCGAGACUCCGUUCCACGCUGCCUCGUUUCUUCCGCGCUGUAACCUCGUCACAGCUCUUCAUCUUGACCCCCAACCGUAUUCUUCAUGCCUCAACCGCGAUAACACAUCUUCCCUACAUCAGCACACGUUAUGGCAAGUUCCGACAUCGACCUCAAUUCGUUGACGGACGUGCAGCGAGCUUCCCUAGACCAAGUCAUCGCCUUCACGAAUCAGGAAGCGGCUUCAGCACUACAGUUGUUGCAGAGAUGCGAGUGGAACGCUCAAAUCGCGAUAUCACGCUUUUUUGAUGGCGAACCUACUGUAGACCCUAUAGCCGAAGCUAUGACACAGCGUCCCGAAGACAUAAGGAGGCAGGAGACGCUGAUGAAUGGCUUUUCGAAUCCACAAUCGGUCCGGCGAGAUGUCAUUUUAGAACCCGCGCCGAGAGUCGUUCUCCAGAAUGAUGCGCAUAUUUCAUAUCGUUCCAAUACCCUCCUUGGCAUAGUCGUCGUGCCCAUUUCCAUUGCAUAUGCGCUGUUCUCGCGUGCUGUUAGGCUUUUCGGGUACUUGUUUCCUUUCUUACCCAGGCUUUUUGGACGUCUUCGGGGGUCAUCCCAAGGCACAUCUCCAAGCCACACAGCGGGAGGCAGGAUACCGUUGAAACCUAGAGAUGCCGCAUUACGCUUCAUUCGAGAAGUUGAGGAAGAGUAUGGCACAAACGAGCUACCAUUCUUCGAGAAUGGAUAUGCUCAAGCCCUUGAUUCCGCGAAGAACGACCUCAAAUUUCUUCUUGUUGUGCUCGUUUCUCCUGAGCACGAUGAUACCGCCAGCUUCAUACGCGACACUCUUCUUGAUCCGGCCGUUGUGACCUUUGUCAAAGACCCUGCAAACAACAUCCUUCUAUGGGCGGGCACGGUACAAGAUGCGGAAGCUUAUCAGGUGUCUACUGCUCUCUCUUGUACUAAAUUUCCCUUUACGGCUGUGAUUGUUCAUACGCCCUCCGUCUCCUCCACAGCAAUGUCCAUUGUGCAAAGGAUUGCCGGUCCUUUGCCGGCGCGGGAGUACAUUUCCAAACUUCGCAGAACAAUCGAACAAUACAGUCCAAGUUUGACAACCGCGAGACGAGCAAGAGAUGAGCAGAAUGCUGCGAGGAGGAUUAGAGAGCAGCAGAAUGAGGCAUAUCAGCGUAGCCUUGCACAAGAUAGGGAACGGGCGAGGAAAAAGCGUGAGGAGGAACAAAGGAAAAAGGAUGAGGAGGACCGUAUACGUCGUGAGGAAGAGUACAAGCAGAGUUACGCGAGGAAUUUGGAGCAAUGGCGCCAAUGGCGCGCGUCCCAAAUACCCCCAGAGCCUGACGCAGAUGUGAAGGAUGCAGUGCGUAUAAGUAUUCGCAUGAUUGAUGGUAAGAGAGUGAUCAGAAAAUUUCCAUCUGAUGCUACACUUGAGGAUCUUUACGCAUUUGUUGAAUGUCAUGAUACUCUACAGUCAGGCCCUAUUAUACAGAAGGUGCAGGAGCCCUGUGACUUUAGCCACGAGUAUAAAUUCAGGCUAGUCAGCCCCGUGCCACGUGAAGUAUACGAGUUGGAGCCGGGAAGAACAAUCAAAGACCGGAUAGGCAGAAGUGGAAACCUGAUAGUUGAGAGGACAGAUCUCGAUGAUAGUGAAGAGGAUGAAGCUGAGGAGUGAUCUUUCGCAAAGUAAUUUACCUUAAAUUCUAGUUCAGACAGAACAAAGUACAAACUGCAUCCAUUUUUGAGA